AUGUCAAUGGGAGGCAUGGGAGGCAUGUCCGGCAUGGGUCAUAUGUCCAUGGGUACCGGCGUGCCAGACCCUUUCUAUCUCCAGAAAAUGUACUGGGCAGUGGUAGGAAGUGCUAUAGGAGCUGCUGCUGUUGUCAAUUUGUUUAAUUGGUUUCUGGCUCACCAGAGAAUGCGAGAUUCGACCUAUACUCCCGCUGAACCCAAAUCCCUAUUCUUCGUAUUUUGUGCCACUGUCACAGCAUUGGUGCGUGAAGCAAGCUAUGUGGCUCUGCCUCCUUUAUCUCUCAAAGGCCGGACCGUUCACUUUGCUCCUUUGGGACCAGUUGCCAUUAUUCUUGCCAACAUAGUCACGCUUAUGGUGCUUUGUUUUGACAAACUGGACACAAAAGACCAAUGGAAAUGGGAAGACGUGGGCUACCGCACGGGAUUCAUCACGAUUGCGCAAUUGCCAUUGGUCUUUCUGCUAGCAGGAAGACAAAAUAUCAUUGGAUAUCUGGCUGGCAUGGGCUACGAACGACUCAAUUGGUUCCAUCGAUGGGUUUCACGUACUUUGUGGCUGACGGCCACGAUCCAUAUGGGCUUUUGGUUCCGUGACUGGGGCCAAUAUGACUACAUUACAUACCAACUGAAGAACAAUGCUCUGGCGAAGCGUGGAUUUGCGGCAUGGAUCAUUUUGAGUUUCAUCGUCAUCUCAUCCGCCGCCCCUGUGCGGAAGAUAAGCUAUGAAAUUUUCGUCUUGCAGCAUCUGAUCAUCUUUGUGGGUUUCAUAGUUGCAGUAUGGCUGCAUGCUCCAAAUGAGGUUAAAGUAUGGGUGUGGAUCUCUAUUGGACUGUUGAUCUUCGAUCGCGUUGCACGAUAUGCAUGGGCUACCUACGCUAAUCUGUCGAUCUUCCACCGUUCGGCCAACCCCAAACAUCCACUCUGGGUAAAUCACGCCUCAUUCACACCGUUGCCGGGGAAUGUGACUCGUAUCAAGAUUGAGAACCCUGGUAUUAGCUGGAGGCCGGGUCAACAUGUCUUCCUCACCUGCCACUCUGUUGUGCCGCUGCAGUGCCACCCAUUCACUAUUGUCUCCUUACCCGAGGACAAAAAGAUGGAAUUCUUCGUUCGCGCAGCAAAGGGCGGCACGAGACGUUUUUUCCACUACGCAACCAAGAACCAUCAAAUUCUUGGUUCUGGCGAGACAUCUCCACAGAAAGGGAAGCGCACCGUAUUCAUCGACGGUCCAUACGGAAUGCACAGGCCACUCCGCCAAUUCGACUCCGUCGUUUUACUAGCAGGAGGCAUGGGUGCGACAUUCAUAAUUCCCUGUCUCAGGGAUAUUGUGACGGCAUGGAAAGGAGAGUCGCAGCAACCGGGUUCCAAAACACGACGGGCCGUGACCAAACGGAUCCGAUUCGUAUGGGUGAUCAAAUCACGCGCUCAUCUGAGCUGGUUUGAUUUACAGUUGCAGAGAGCGCUUGCAGCGGUCGAUGAGUGCCGAUGCAGCCAGCCGGACCUCAUGAGAGAAAUAGAAAUGAGCAUUUACAUCACAUGUGAUGAGGCGCUAGAGCCCUCUACAAUAGACCGGACCAUAUGUUCACAAGCUCAAACCGCCACCCCCUCUAUUGCUGAAACGCAUGACGAAAAGGGGGCAACAUCCCAAAAAGACAACGUCAAAGUCCAACCGGUCUCUAGCUCAUCCUCUAACAAACCGGCGACAAGCUGCCUCCCAAGCGGCGGCUGCUGCUGUACGAACCGCGUCGAAAACGAAGAUGAAAUCACCGAACAGCACCGCUGCACCUGUUCUGGGCAUGCAGCUGUUCCUGCCAGUCCCGUAAUUGAAAACAAUACUGACGAGAAAACUGCAUCCGAAGCACCACCCAUGCAAAACACCAUCCCCAUAUUCUCCGGUCGCCCACAACCACGAACUAUCAUCCGUAAAGUCUUGGAAAAAGCUGAAGGCGAGAGUGCAGUGGUAGUCUGUGGACCACGGGGACUAUCUGAUGACGUUCGUCGGAGUGUGGUGUCUCUUAGUGACGAACGGGCUGUGCAUAAAGGGACCGGUGCUCAGGGUAUUUAUCUGCAUGUUGAGAGUUUCAGAUGGUAA